AUGGCAAUCAAGAACAUUCCAGAGAAGUGGACUCCGGAGGUGAAACACUGCUGUCCUAAUGUUCCCAUCAUCCUCGUGGGCAACAAGAAGGACCUGGGGAACGACGAACACACACGCAGGGAGCUGGCCAAGAUGAAACAGGAGCCAGUGAAGUCGGAGGAGGGCAGAGACAUGGCUAACCGGAUUGGUGACUACGGCUGUCAGGAGUGCUCAGCUAAGACCAAGGACGGAGUCAGGGAGGUGUUUGAGAUGGCCACCAGGGCGGCGCUACAGGCCAAGAGACGUGGAAAGAAGAACGCCUGCAUGCUGUUAUAGGCCCCAGGGAGAAGUUGCCCCUGGAUACUGAUCUUGGACCAGUUUUACCCUCCCAAAAUAUAGUUGUAAUCAUUUAAAGGGAUAGUGUCACAUUUUGGCAAUUACUGAAAGUCUGACAGGGUUCCCCAAUUUUAUUUACCUCCUCCCCCAGGUUUUCUGAGCAAAAAAUAAAUACAAGUUUACGUUAUUUUACUUGUUGGACAUAAAGACUGUAAAAACCCCUGCAAAUCAGUUCCUAGUGGUUUUGAUUUUGUUAAAUCUGUACCA